GAAGAGGGUGAGGAAGCAGCAGGGGAUGAUAUCCAGGCUGUGCAGCCGCAGUGUGAGGAUGACGAAGUGGCUGAAGGCAUGGGUUGCUCGGCAGAUCCUGUGGUGUUGGCGGCCCUGACUUCGCUGGGCGAAGAGCUGCUUGAGGAUGCAGCACGAAGUCUGCCUUGGA